AUGGCGCUUGAUUGGCAAAUGAGUAUCGGAUAUGGUUGCCGUGGAAAUGAAACCGUCGAGCAGAAGCAAUCGAUUCAAGAACACUCUGAAAACAACGCUACGGCAGCAGCAGAUUCUCAAUCGCCUAGUGAGUCCCAUGACUCACCGUACCCGAUUGCCGUGCUCAUCGAUGAACUUCGCAAUGAGGAUAAAUUGAUCCAAUUCCUAACAGACACCAUUCAUGAUGAGGACGAAGUGCUGCUCAUUCUUGCUGAACAGCUUGGAAACUUCACUCCUUUGGUUGGCGGUCCGGAAUACGUCCACUGUCUGCUUCCUCCGCUCGAGAAUCUCGAGAAUCCCCCCUCCCCCCGCGCUCCCCCUCCCCUAGCUGCCGGUGCUGUCCUUUAUUGA